UAAUCCUACUCCCUUUUUGUCUUUUACAAGCGGUCUCCUUGCAACCCCCCCUGGUUUUGCGCAUGCCUCUUGGCGUCCCCUGUCGCUCCUACGCGAGCGCGCAUAGACCGGGCAGAGCGGCUUUGCCCGUCGUUGGCGCAGUGUAUUGUGGGAGUGAUUAAGGAAGUAAAAUGGCGGACCUGGCCAACGAAGAAAAGCCAGCCAUUGCACCUCCUGUCUUUGUAUUUCAGAAAGAUAAAGCACAGAAGAGAUCAGCAGAUGAGUCAAGUCCAGAAGAUGGGGAAGAAUCUGACCGAGAAGAUGGGGGUUACUGUCCUCCUGUAAAGCGGGAAAGAACGUCUUCAUUAACACAGUUCCCUUCUUCACAGACAGAGGAAAAGAGCUCUGGCUUUAGAUUGAAGCCACCCACUCUAAUCCACGGCCAGGCACCAAGUGCAGGAGUCCCAAGUCAAAAACCGAAGGAACAGCAGCGAAGUGUCUUGCGCCCAGCAGUAUUGCAAGCUCCCCAGCCAAAAGCUUUUUCACAAACAGUUCCAAGCAGUGGAACCAAUGGUGUAAGUAUCCCUCCAGAUCCUCUGGCUGCUACAUUUGAACCCACAACUAAUACCAUACCGAAAAGUCCCGAUUCAGAAGAAAUGGAGAACCCAUGUCAGAAAAAUAAACCCAACAAUGCUUCACACACUGAAAAAUGUGACAAAGAGCAGAACGCACAGCAAUCCUUUGUGUUUGGGCAAAACCUAAGAGACAGAGUGAAGCUAGGAGAUGAAGGGGAUGAAUCAGCUGAUGUGCAAAACACCUGGCUCCCAAGCUCUGAGAUGCCUUCUGCUACAAACUACUUCCUGCAGUAUAUCAGCUCCAGCAUAGAAAACUCUACACACAGUGUCGAUACUUCCAGCAACAAAUUUGUAUUUGGGCAGAAUAUGAGCGAAAGAGUACUGAGUCCACCCAAAUCAAAUGAGGUCAGCACAGACAGUAACAAGGAAAACACCACUGGUGACUCUGGCUCUGAAUCUUCAUCACAGGAAGCGACACCAGAAAAAGCCAAUAAUAUAUCAGAAUCGCUCGCUGAGUCCGCUGCAGCCUAUACAAAAGCAACAGCCAGGAAAUGUCUCCUGGAGAAGGUAGAAGUAAUCACAGGAGAGGAGGCUGAGAGUAAUGUGCUACAGAUUCAAUGCAAGUUGUUUGUCUUUGAUAAGAGCUCCCAGUCCUGGGUGGAAAGAGGCCGAGGGCUUCUGAGGCUGAAUGACAUGGCGUCUACAGAUGAUGGGACAUUGCAGUCACGGCUGGUAAUGAGAACACAAGGCAGUCUGCGGUUAAUCCUGAACACCAAACUCUGGGCUCAGAUGCAGAUUGAUAAAGCCAGUGAGAAAAGCAUCCGAAUCACCGCCAUGGACACCGAAGACCAAGGAGUCAAAGUAUUUCUUAUAUUGGCAAGCUCUAAAGACACAGGACAGUUGUAUGCAGCUUUGCACCAUCGGAUCCUGGCUUUGCGGAGUCGUGUAGAGCAAGAGCAAGAAGCCAAAAGUGCAGCACCAGUGCCGGAAGUGACACAGUCCAACGAGGAAGACAGCGACGACGAUGGUCUUGCCCCUUCGGGAUCACCUGGAAGUGGUCCCACCGAUGAAGUGGAUGGGCAAACAACCAGCAGUACAUAGCGGCCACGAUCCAGACCACUUGGAAGAGCAGCUGCCAGAAACCCCCUUCCACAGGGCCAAGAUUUGUGAGACUCAUGCCCCCGGCCAUCUCUUGCUCUGGACAGCAACAGAGGCUCUGAGAAUUUAAGAACUCUGCAUCCCUGUUCUGGGUUUUUUUUUUCUCUGUGUGUGUGUUGAAUUUUUUUCAGGGGGGCUGGAUCAGUUGAUUCCAUAUUAAACAAAAAAAAAAAAACACAGCAGACUUUGGACAAAACUGGCUGAAUGUGAUUUUGGGACAUUUAAUUGUUCAUCAUAUUGAUGAGCAGGGAGAAAAAGAGUACCAUUUCUCUCCUCCCCCUCCCUCUCCCAACUUGUGAUUCAUUGUAGGGGGCAGGUUCACCGAGACUUGCCGUAGCUUGCCUGUGGCACCUCUUUGUCUUGCCACACCCAUUCAUCCUCCGUCCCCCAACUCCAGUAGCUGAACGGCCUUUGCCACGGACCCUUCCGACACCGUCUCUUCUUGCCUAAAAAUCCCCAUCGCCCACUCUGCUUCUGGCCUCUCCCACCGUUCCAGAAGAAAAGUCGGAUUUCAACUGGAAGACCUUUUCUUUAUAAAAAUACUACUACUAAUAAUAAUAACAACAACAAUUUUUGGCCCCCUUGGAAGCUUUGCUGACAACAGUGUGGCUUGUCUGAGAGGCAUCUCUUUGGGGAUUUAAUUUUUUUUUUCCAUCCUGGAAGUUAAAAACAACACAAUAAGACUUUUGCUGAGUUUGUGGAUGGGGCGGAAACACUUUAAGCUCUGGAGUGGGAAAGGGGGUGUUUUUUUUUUUAAAUAAUUCUUGUUCUUUUGCUAACAACUUCCUCUGGUUAUCAUUAUUGUUGUCAUUUUGGGACUUCAAAUGUGGCGAUAACUUUUUUUUUUUUUUUUUUUAGAUUUUAAUAAGAUAUUCUUGUGUGUUGACCAAGCGGCCCCCUUCUGUUUUGUACUGUUAUGUUUCUGUUACUAUUUAAAGGAGAGUGAAGCCACUGUGUAAAUAGACAUCCCGACACAGGCACACACGUGUACAUAUAUAACAGGUAUUCAUAUACCAGGUUGUUUUUAAUCCUUUCAAAUAACCUUUUAUUUCCUUCUUGCCUUGCCAAGGUGCUUAACAGCUGAUUAGGAAACAGCUGCCUUGUUUUCCUGAAAACAGGAGGGCUGCUCUUCCGAUCUUGGCCAACUACUAAAAUAUAUAAAUAUAUAUAUAUAUAUAUAUAGGUAUUGCUUUGGGCACUUUCUCUUGGUCGGUAAGCAUCUUCAGUUUGUGCCUAAACUCACAUUACCUAAGUAUCAACCUGGGCUGCCACUGGCUCUGUGGGUUUGUUUGAUUGAGAUGUGUCCAGAGAGGGCCCUGCUGAAGUGGGAAAUCUCUUUGAAUAAGAUCGGCUAAAAAAGGACUGUUUCUGGCUUUAGCUGGAGUGUGAUUAUAAGUAAGUUGGGCUACGACAUCUUUGGGCAAAGACCAUAAAGACUUGGAAUGCUUUGGUGACUUCCUGUUGAGGACUCUGGAGUGGCACAUCUAUCAGAACAGGAGGUUUUCACCAGCUCCAUAGAAGAAUCGGUGGCCUUCUCCCACCCCCUCUUGGUCUUGAUGGGACCACUACUCGGUUGAACUCCCAAAUCUGAGCCAUUUGGAAUGAAGAUGGUGACACAACAGAGUCGGGACAAGGCACAGUCUGAUUCCGUCUGAGGUGGUUGAGAAGGAAAAAGGCGGCCUUCUUUUCAUCUUGUCAAAAAUGGGAGCCCAGAAACCAAGAAGAGAGUGGAAGCCUAUUUUUUUCAAUUCUGUCCACUGUGGAAAACAAGGAGGACAUUGUAAUAUGAAGUUGCUGAGUGACAGAAACAACUGGGAUGCCUAGGCAGGUUUUACACUCUGCCUCCUCAGCGUGAUGGAUGGAAAUUCUCAUCGGGUCUCAGAAGUCUGUCCUUGAGUCGUCCCGUCUUUCUCACUUUUGGAAGAGCUUCAGGCUGACAAAAGUUUCUUCUCACUCUCCCUUCCUGGGAGAGAAAGCAGAUGGCCAUGCAGGUGCGCAGCCUUCUCCAGAUUUAUUUUUUUUACCUUAACCUUUCUUCCUCUCCCUUUACGUUUCAGUUCUCAAAUGCACCAGAUAUGUAUAUACCAACCGCCUACUGAAUAACACUGAAGACUGAUAACGAUUGUAACUCUUGGGCAAUUGUGCUGCUUUGAGGGAGAAUAAUUUUCCACUUUGUGUUACGAAGACACUUCCCCCUCACCCUUUUAAGACAGUUAAUUAGAACAGUGGAUGCACAUCUGGUGUUUUUUUUUUUUUUUAAGUUACUUUGGCAUAACCGGAACGAAUGGGAUAGGAAUAGGGUAUAAUUUUAUUCGCCUUUGUUAAACAUCUGGAGCUAAGAGGAUCCUGCCAUUGGUAUGCAUGGGAUUGUGUGAAAGAGCUGGGUGGGUUUGUGUGUGUGACAUUUGAAGGAGGCACCCAACGUCGUCCAGGGUAAGAGGGCUGGCUGGUUUCUCUAGAAGCGUUAAUAUUGAAUGGAAUGUUUAAACAGUUACCCACAGAGUUCAUUUUUUAAAAAACAAAAAAUCUGGCAGCUAUUUAUGGACACAGUGGUUUGGAUUCGAGUGAUUUGCCGUGGCAAAAGAGAAGGAGAUUCUACGUUUCAUUCUAGGCCAGCCACAGGCUGUAUUCCUUGCACAGUGACUGUCUGGAAACGCAUUUUGGGCGCUUUCCUGAGAUGGAGAGUUGGCUGGGCCAGACACAGACUUUAUAAAUUUGUUUUCUUCUUCAAGCCGUUAGCCAAUUAGUGAUAAGUAAAAGAAAACAAACAAAAACAAAAACAACAACCAGACAACACCCAUGUGUUUUGGAAGAUUUCUGUACAAUUGUCAUAUCAGAUGUAUUUGGAAAUUACAUUAAAAAAACUUGUAACAAAAA